CUGCAUUUCCCUCUCUCUCUCUCUCUCUCUCUCUCUCUCCAAUAUUCUGCUCCAUGUGACACAGAGAGAGUGGAGAAAACGAAGAACACUUCCCUCUCCUCUCCGCAGAUAUAGAGAGAGAAACAUAUACUACUCCAUUUCAGAGAGAGAGAGAGAGAGAGGAAGAUUGUUACCGAAGAGGCCAUCAAAAUGCAAGAUCCAUCGAACUCAAAGCUACUAACUCCGACGGCGUCGUUCAGGUCGGCACACCACCGCCGGGCCCACUCGGAAGUCAACUUCCGUCUCCCGGACGACCUGGAUCUCGGGCCGGACGCGUUCGACGGGCCGUCGGGCAGCUUCGACGAGUUCGGAUCGGAGGACGAUCUGUUCUGCACUUACAUGGACAUGGAGAAGCUCGGAUCCGCCGCCGCCGACGGAGGUGACAAUGACGGCGGCGGAGAGAAGAGUUCGAGGCCUAGGCAUCGGCAUAGUAAUUCGGUUGAUGGAUCGGUUUUGCUUAGUGAGAGUAUAGAGGCGAAGAAGGCAAUGGCGCCUGAGAAGCUUGCUGAGCUGUGGGCCAUCGAUCCUAAGCGGGCCAAGAGAAUUCUGGCAAAUCGGCAGUCUGCUGCUCGUUCAAAAGAGAGGAAAGCUCGGUACAUUACAGAACUUGAGAGAAAAGUUCUCACCUUGCAAACAGAAGCAACCACCCUCUCUGCACAACUCACACUGUUCCAGAGAGACACAUCAGGUCUUUCUAACGAAAAUACCGAGCUCAAGCUUCGGCUACAAGCUAUGGAGCAACAAGCUCAGUUACGCGAUGCGCUGAAUGAAGCACUAAAGCAAGAAGUGGAAAGGCUCAAAAUUGCCACCGGAGAAUCAACAUCCGCAUCAGAUUCCUACAAUUUUGGCAUGCAGCAUCAUCCAUUUGCCCAGUCUUCCUUUUAUCAGCCACAACAAGGGCCAAACAAUCCCCGUCACAUGCAAAUGCUGCAGUUCCACCCCAACCAGUCUAACAUGCUGAACCACCGCCACUCACUUCUCAUGGCAUCCCAAUCACAGGUCCUCUCCGAGAUGCAGGGCCUUGAUAUCAAUGCCAGAGGCUCCCAUCUUGUGAAAUCAGAAGCUCCUUCUAUUUCCCCCAGUGAAAGCACCAGUAUUGCAUUUUGAUCCAAAUGGUAACAACCCACGAGUUACAUUGUUGAAGUGUUCAUAGACUGACUCCUCGUUUAGCAUCUGCAAGUAAGAUUUCCUCAGAAUUUUGAUUUAUUGGAUUGAUUGGUUUUACUGGGAUCCUUAGGUCUUUCGGUAGUGUUGACAGUUCCUUGAAAUUCCUGAUUUCUCCUUGUUUGUUCAGUUCCGAAGCCAUAUUCUGUGAUGUGGUGGUGGUUGCAUAUUUCAUGUAAUCUAUCUUUACGUAGUUCAGAUAUUUCCUGUCAUCUAAACCUUCAUUUCACUAUUUAUGGGAAACGGGAAUUCUUCUA